GUCGAUCAGAGUGGAAUCGGAUGAUGCUCGCUUCGCUUCACACAUAUAUUUUGGGUCGAGGCGUCGAGCACAUCGUCGAAUCGUCUUCGCAGCGAAGCCAGACUUCGGAGGCUAGCCGGGAUCGGGAGGACUUGGUCGCCGGAGAUCUAAACCCUAUCAGAUGGAGGGCGGGGGCAGCGAGAUCCCUCUCAAAAGCCAGGAAGAGAAGCCCCAAGGCGGCGUCAGCGGCGGUUGGGGCGGCUGGGGCAUCUCCUCUUUCUCCAUGUUCUCGGAUCUCCAGCAGGCUGCCCAAGAGAUCUCCAGAAAUGCGGUUGAAGCAAUGAAGAGUGCGACCCAGGGCAUCGGAGAGGUUGAGGGUCCAGAUUCUGAUUCGGAAACAGCUGGAGAGGUCGCGAAAGAGCGGGCAGGUGAAAACGCAGGAGCAACAGAAGAAAAAGAAGAGAGCGAAAAUGCUAGGCUUCGUCAGUCUGCUCUGGAAAAAUUAGAGAAAGCUAGUGAGGAUUCUGUGUUCGGUCAGGGUCUGAAGGUGUUUGACAGUUCAAUGGAAACUUUUGCUUCAGGAGCAUGGAGUGCUCUAGGUAAUGCUUUGAGAGGGGGCUCAAGCCUGGUCAGCAGGUUGGAGCAUUCAGCUGCAGGUCUUGCUGAUUCUUUUCAACAGGGAGAUUUCCCUAGCAAAGCAACUUCCCUUGCUCCCUCAAUUAUAGAGACUGGGAAAACUUUUACCACAAAGGGGAUACAGGUGCUUGAGCGUGUUGGAAAGGAAACCAUAGAGCUGCUCAUGACAGAGACUGGUUUUGAUGUUGACAAGAAUGCUGACAAGGUGGACAAAGAUGAUGAUGAGGAACAGUUUGAGGAAGUGACAUUUGAUAGGUGUUUUUACAUAUAUGGAGGCCCUGAUUUGCUUGAGGAACUUGAAGCUUUGUCAAGCCAUCAUGCAAUGCUAUUUAACAGGAGAAGAAUAAAACUCUCAGCAGAAGAGAAAUCCUUUUAUGAUGAUAAACUGGUGCAGAUCCAGCAAAUUUUCAGUCUGGGAACUGUUGUUGAAGAAAAUGAGACAGAUUCAAAUAAAGGGAAGUAUAUCGAAGCAUCAGCUAGUGAUAGCGAUGUUGAGAUGAAAAAGUUGUGUGAAGCAAGUAUUAGGAGGGCUGCUGAAAUUGCAUCAGGGUUUGCAUCUGCUCUUGGGGGACUUGCUGCGAAUGAUAUAAUACAACGUGCUACUGAUAGACUUGAAAACGUCAACUCAGAGUGUAUUCAUAGACUAUCAGAACUCUGUUGUUCUGCAGUAUCUCAUAUGCUGGUUCUUGGAAAAUCACUCAUUUCUAAUGCAAACAAAGUAAAGACAGAAGAAGUAGAUGAUGAUACUCUGAAGAUUGAAUGGCCUGAAGAUUCUGUCUCAAAAGCUAAGAUCAUAAGGCACAAAGUCCAGUCAAUGGCUGGUGAUAUGGACACAGUUUCUAACAGUUUUAUUACAGGAAUCUCGGACAUACUCGAAGCAUAUCUGGCUGCCAUACAAAGUGUUUCUUCUGAAAAACCUGGCCUCGUGCAAUCUUCAAUGCAGGAAAAGGCAAAGGCUAUCACAAAUCACCUUCGAGAUGACAAAACAAGUGCGGCUGAGAAGGUUCAGGAUGCUCUCCACUACUUGUCAUAUGUUGUUCUUUCUACCUCGAUGCCAAUUGUAUGAUGAAAUCACUUGAUAGGUAUCCUAAUUCCUUUACUGUUUUUCCCGGAUGGCCUGCAUGUUUUAUGUGGCAAGGUUGAAUUAGUUGAAACAUCGCACUUGUAUGUUUUUUACUUUGAUUGACAUUGUUUUUUUUUUUGUUACGCCAGGUAAUCAAAUAUUGUUAUUUUUUCCCCUUUUAA